AUGGAAUGUUUUCAUUUUCAGAUUUCAGAAUUAUAAUAAAAAAAUGGUCUUUUGUUUUUAGUUUCUCAUUUUAAAUAAUUUCCUUUAAUAAUAAAAGAAACGAUUAUGUCGAAUUCCCUAUCAGGAGGUCAAGACAUCGUGAGGCAAACAUUAAUUGAUCGUUUGCUAGAUGCAGUCAAACAGGCGAGUGAUUUGAUCUUGUUUAUAAUAUUUGAAAGGAUUUUAAUAUUUUUCUAUUGAUUUUGUUGACAUCUCAAUCGAUUGAAUAAUAGUUGAAGGGUUUCUAUCAUUUCCAUCUACAAACGAGUAUUGAAUCGUAAUCAACUGUUAUUUUUCUAUGUUUUAAAAUUUGUAAACAAAAUGUAUAAUUUUAUUUUUAAUUUAUAUUUUUAAAAUAGGAAAUUUAUAAUUUUUAAAGUAGGAAAUUAUAAAAGAACUGUUUCAUUUUUAGUGUCAAAUAAGAUUUGGUGGAAAAACUGAACUGGCCUCAGAGAAGGAUAGCAGGUAUGGUAUCUCUCUAUAUUUUAAUAUUUUCUUCGAUAUAUUUUACCCAUGACUGGCCUGCCAACCCCAGAGUGGCAGUUGACAAACUGAGAUUUUAGAAAUUUCCCAGCGUUUUUUAUUAUUCAACAGCCAUCCCUCUCCGAUUUCAUAAUGUGGAAAUUUUUUAUUAUUCAUAGUUUUUAUCUGUAAACUUCGAUAUAAUUUUAACCCAUUGAGCCGCAAUGCGCCCUACUUAUUUCUUUCACUUGCCUAAUGCCAGAUGAUGUCACUCGUCAAUGGGGAAGCUCUGUGGCUUAACAGGUUAACCAAAAAGCUGACAAUGCUUCUAGUUAACCCAUUGAGCCGCAAUGCACCCCAGUGUGUCCUACUUAUUUCUUUUACUUGCCUAACGCCAGACGAUUUACUCGUCAAUGGGGAAGCUCUGUGGCUUAACAGGUUAAUAUCUGCUAUAAUUGCUACAGCAAUUUCUUUGUUCAUUGCAAAUUCAGAAUUUCUUGCCUUUGUGCUCAGUGGGUGACAGCCUUGCAGUUUGGAUUGAAAUUAAGUAAAAAGAUGAAUCCGUUGAGGUGAGCUUGCAUCUUUAAAUUUGUCAUUCAGUCAACCCGUUGAUUGGUCAGAAAGUCUGUCGGUUUGUUGAAAAAUACCUGUGGUUCCGGUUCCCUAUCGACCCUAUUUUUUUCUGCCGACCCUAUUAUUUUUUCAAUACGAUUGACUGUGCGACCCUAUUUUCUCUGGGUGGUUGCAGGCUGCUCAUACAGCGUGCCAAAAUGGUGUCUGUUGUCACACUAAUUAUUGAAUGAAAUUGCCUGAAAAUCGUCCAUAGGAAAUAUGCAUCUCUAAUUAAUAUUGAUGUCAGGGGACUCUACUGAAAAUCGCCCAGCAAAAAACUGCCAAAACCAUAAAUAUUCAAAAAAAAUUUAUUUCCGACCUACCGACCCUAAUUUUUUCACGAUAUGAAACCGGAACCACAGGCAUUUUUUUUAAGCCUGAUCAGUCAGUCAGUCAGUGAGUCUGUUGGUUGGUUGCGUCACUUGGUUGUAAUCAGUCUGUAAACCCAUUGGUUGGUUUGUCAGUCAGUAAGUCUGUCUGUCUGUCAGUUGGUUAUUUGGUUUGUUGGUUGCUUGCUUGGACGGUCAGGCAGACAAUCAGGUAACAUGUUUGCCAAAGCUACUUUAAGCCAUCAUACAUUUCAGGCAUGUUACUGGCCAGGUUUUGCUCAGAACCGAAGGACAGUCAGUGUUCUGGCAAUUUGUGAAAGAACAUCUCAGUGCAACCGAAACUCGAAGAUUUAAUUCUUUGCAGAAUGUCAACACUGAUGCUGGGAGAGGUAAGGGGUUAACAAAUUACUCUAGACACAAAGCCUUCACAUAAUUUAAUACCGGCACCAGUCUUGAAUGCAAAACCACUUUGGUGUCCGAAAGCUGUUAUUGCGGCACUCAUGGAAAAUGCUGUAUAGUUCGAGAAGAAAAUGCUGUGGAUCACUGGUGACAACAAUGGCAGUUUUUUGCUGUAGUGUAAUUUUUUUAUGGAAUUGGUAUUGGCAGUAGUCUGCAGAAAUUUUGAAAAAUUUCUGUGAUUUUUUCUUUGUGUUAAUUUUUUUAAAAAGUGUUGUGCAGCUUAUGUUGUAAGCGUAAUAAAUAUAAAUUAAAAUCUAAAGAUAAAUAUCAACAGAAGAAAUACAGAAUUUAAGUAAAUUUUUACCACAAUUAUAAACAGGGGUGGAAAAAUUAGGCAAGCACUGCUCGCAAGAAAUGUUAAACAGCUGCAGGAAAUUCGUUUGAAUGAAGAUUUGCUAUUGAAAAUUUGAAGGAAACCUUAACACCCAUGUCCCACUAUGAGCACAACAACAAAUGGUUGACAGGCAUCAUUCCUUAAAUUUAAAACCAUGCUCAGCUAGAACACUAUAAUGUUUAAUGCACAUGCAGAUUUAGCAUAAAUGGGGCAUAUGUACUUCAGUAAAAGGAGAUAGACAAUACACAUCUGACAUUCUUUAUACCAAGGCUGCUGUCUAUAUUAAAGCCGUCAUGUGAAAGUAUUUUUGAAAUUAAUAAUUAGUAUUGUAAAUAUCUAUGUUGCAGCUCAUGCUUGGCUAAGGUCAACUUUGAAUGAACAAUCGCUUGAGAAAUAUCUGCAUAGUUUCCUUGGUAACAGGCAGCUUCUGAGGUAAUGAAAUAUAUUUGACAUGUAUAAGACACUUUGCCAGUGUAGGUGAGUGCCAAUCAAAUGAACAAGCUUUUAAAAUAUAUAAGGAGAAUUUUUUCAAGUUAAGGCCCUACAUCUGGAGUUAUUGCAUUUUUUACUCAUUGCAGUAUCUCUAAUACUGUGCUGAGUGGUUAUAUUACUACCUUAAAAAAUAAGCAGAAACUCGACAUUUCGAGGGAAGGCCCUUCGUGGCGGCAGCCCCCCCAGUUUGUUGGGCAUUCGGGCAAUAUUCGCUGAACAGUCGGGCAAUUUUGGUUAAUUAAAAAAGAAAUGGGGGGGGGGGAGGUCAGCAUUUCUACAUUGGUACUGCCCACACUGGUACAGACAGUUUAAGUAUCUCUAAUACUCUUGCUUGUAUUUGACUAUCAACUUUUCUCAACUUUUAACUGGUUUAAAAUUUGAUGAGAGCUUUUCUCAUCAACUGCUAAUAUCCAGCCAAAUCUUGCAACUCUUGCUCUCGUUUUUACAGGCAUCAGAGUUGAAAAAAGCCUCAUGCAAACUCUAACUUGCCAACACUCAUCAACUCUCAUCCUACUUGACAAAGGCUUUACAGAUAUUUUCCGAUCAGUGAUAUUUUCAUGUUUUUAUGGCAGUAAAUUAUAUGAGUAUAUAUUGCCCAAGGGUCUCUUGACAAAAUUCUCAGGUCUCAGACAGAUUGAAAUAUUCAUUAAAAAGCUGAUAUGGUUUAAUGUGUCUGAAAUAGCAACGAAAGAUGAAAAACACUUCAAUGUAGACAUUUCUAGGAUAUCAGUGGUGUAGCCGAAAUACCUUCCCUUAUAUGUAAGCAAAACAAAGCCAAAUAAAUAUAAUUUAAAAGAAUUGAAAGUGAAAUAAUCACAAGUUAUAUACUAGGUGGAUAGGCAUGAAAAGCUAUGAGGUGAUAAUGCCUACUGCUGUAUUGUCUGUUACGUAAAGUAUCAGCGCAUUUUGCAGCUUAAUGAGUUGAACGAAAAGUAAUUUCCAAAUAUGUAUGUUGUUUAGCGCUUACUAUGGACAAGAUGCGUUGUUAAUGGACGAAGAACGAUCCAGUAUGCUACCAAUGAUGGCCGCUGGUAGGACAUUUCACAAGAUUAAAUGCAUACAGUGUAUUUCAGACUAAUUUCAGACAGUCUUUGGAAUCUCAAGUUGUUUUCCAGUAAUUUAUAUGAUGAACCAAAUGUUUCAAAUUGCAAGAGAAACUUUUUCACAAUUUUAGGUUUGAGUUCAAUUCUCUUUGCCAUUAAUAUUGACAACGCUGAAUUUAAUGUUUCCAAGCAGGUGAGAAGUACUGUACAUUAUGAAGCCCUUUCAAAGUGGAGUAGAUUGAAGAACGAAUCUUCUAAGUUGAAGGAAGGGCUGUAACUGAUCUUCAGUGAAACAUUGGGAUUUCAAAACAAUGAAAAGACAAUGGAACAUUCUGAUCACUAUAUCAUGACUGAUAUGGUGUGGAGAACAAUGGCAUUUUCAAAACAAUGAAAAGACAAUGGAACAUUCCAAUCACUGGAUUGUAACUAGAUCAGUAGAUGGCAUCAUUAUUAGGCCUAUACUCUGGGGUCUAAACUCGCCUUAAAUCGCAGGUUAAAAUUGUCAAAUUUCUCCGUGCAAGUUACUGCCCCAGAGUAGGCCUAUUAUUGACAUUAUUACCCGUGACAGUCUGUGUGUCCAUAUCCAUCUUCAAAUUCAAAUUGAGAUUCAAAUUUAAAUUUACAUUUAGGGUACAACGAGCAGUGGUUCAAAUAUUCUAGUAGCUCCUCUUCCAGUUGUCCAAAUUUCAGCAUGGAAAGCUCCUUCACCGAUGUACGCCCUCUCGGGCGCUCCAGGUAUAUUCGAUACUUUAUUUAUAAAUUAUAGUUCUAGUUCUAGCUGUAUCUCUUGAGGUCCAGUAAAGGCUAUCGCUUGAUUCAGUGUUACUACAGUUGGAAAAGUAGACUAAACUAUCUGUACUUUUACUAGAUAUAAAAUCUUUCCUGAAUUUUUACGUUAGUUUCUAACGAAUGAUACUGUAUAAUUAUGUAUCAGUUUCAAACCGUUCUCGGAAAGGUCCAGUAAGUCUCAGUAAAUGUUCCCACGUGAAGAAAUCAAAACUAAAUUGUAUUUAUACUGGAUAGUUCUAUCAGUUCUAAACCGUUUUCGUAGAGGUCCAGUAAGGAUCAUCUCUUAUUGAACCAGUGUUACUACAGGAGGAAACCUAAACUAAACUAACUUUAUUUAUACUCGAUAUCUCUAUCAGUUCUAAACUGUUCUCCCUAGAGGUCCAGUGAGGGUCAUCUCUUAUUGAUCCAGUUUUACUACAGGAGGAAACCUAAACUAAACUAACUUUAUUUACACUUGAUAUCCCUCUUUCUAGAGGUCAAGCGAAUGCAAUGAUAUGGUAAGAACCAGGGUCCUCCCUUAUAUGACCUUACUGGUUGCUAGGAGAGAAAACCUAAAUUAAUUAUUUCAUAUUUUAGCCAAAGAAAAGAAAAGACGGAAAAAGAAGAAAGCAAACAUAGCCCAGAUUGAAAAUAUCGAAUUUGACGACGAAGAAAAUGGCGACGAAUCAAAAACAUCUCACGAAAGCAAUGGAAAUUCAAACUCUGCUGCUAACACAUCACUCACGCUGACAAAUCGAGCCCGAGAGAUUUCCGAAAGUUCACGAAGAGUAGACGAUGCUAACAACUAUAAGGCGCCCAAUGCUACGAAAGAAUACCGAGAAAUUUACGAAAAUUCACAAAGUAGCCCGAACUCUGUUAGUAGUGCUCAAGACACUGCUGACAAAAAUUCAAGAACUGGCAGUGCCGACUGGAAUGAAAUUCAUAUCAACUCUGGCUUUAACGUCUUUCAAAAUGCACAAGAUGAGUCAAAAGUUGUUCCCGAAAUGGGCACGGACGCUUUGCUAGAUAAAACGGACAAAAACCAGAAGGAAUUAGGUAGUUUUGAGAGUUCAAAAACAGAAAACUAUGACACCAAAUUUGGUGCUAGGACCCAAACCGGCCUUAGUAAUACACCAACUAUUACUGGGAAUGAAGAUUCUUAUUCAUACAAAGAGAAAGUACCGGAAAAGACUGCCAAGUCUAAGGAAAACAGACGUAGUAGUGCACCCAGGCUAAGCAUAAGCUUAGAGAAUUCUAGCUCUGCUCAAAAUUCUGAGCAACACACAUCGGGUGGUUUUUUGGAUGAAACAAUAGAUGAGCCACUGGUAGAUUUGAACAGCGGUGUUGCGCUUACUCCAGUGGCGUGUCCGGAUGAGGCGAGGGCCUGGGCUCUAGCAGAGUCUGAUGAUAGCGAAAGUCCUGGGAACGAAGGUGGUGUGGGAUUUCCGGUCACAUCAAGACUGUUUGCAGGCUCAAGUCGAGAUUCACCUGUUUCAAGGUACGUCCAAUGUCUGGAAUCAAUCGACUACACACAGUCUAAUGAUGCUUGUGAUGUUACUCUGAAUGUUUAUCCUACCGGGUAAGCUUGAAAAGUAUGCCUCCCACUGUGGCCAGGCAUAUUUUUCAAGCCUGCCCGGUGUGGAUAUACACUCAGAGUAACAUCACAAGCAUCUUAUUCACCUGAGUACAUUACAGCAAAUAUCAUGAUUAUUAGAUUACAUUGAUAUCGAAGGAAAUAGAUUCGGUUCCGAAAUAUCACAUACUCGAACCGACCUGACCCGCGUAGCUCAGUUGGCAGAGCAUUGGGCUGGUAUUCCAAAGGUCGUAGGUUCGUUUUCCACCGUGGCCAGGCAUAUUUUCCAAGCUUACCCGGUAGGAUAAACACUCAGAGUAACAUCACAAGCAUCAUAUUCACCUGAGUACAUUACACUAACACAAAAAAAAUACAUACAGUCUAGUUAAUAAGUACUAUUUACAACAUGAGCCGAAGGCGAGAGUUUGUGUAUCCGAUACAACACGGACAUGAAAAGUCUUGAUGAGAAUAUUCGUAUUAAAAUAAAUAUAUAAUAUUUGUUAAGAAAAAUUUAAAGUUUAUGUAAAUCAGCAUUAUUUUAAAAAUGCAAGAUGCGCGACCAGGAUUCAUAAUAAAGUUUCUGAAACGUUCUCUUAUUGUAAAGUUUAUUUUAACACGAGCUUUCGACUGCCAGUCUGCAGUCUUCGACAGGUAAAGUGAUACUAUAUAUAAAAAUAUUCUACGGAUACAGCUACUAGAACAGUGGUUUACAAUAGUAUAAGUAUAGAACUAUGAUCUGUUCUUUAUACAUCGUGUAUCAGAUACACAAACUCCUUCACACUCAUGAUUUAUUUUGUGUUGUUAAUAUAAUCAAGCCCGUCCUUUAUCCUUUUGUCAAUUUAGCAUUUGUACAGAUGAGGAUGUCAGUGACGAUACGAGCUGGGCGAUUGGUGCAACUGCAGCUGCGAUCUCUGCAACUCAAGAAAUGGCGGAUUUCACCAGCUCAGCGCUUGUUAGAACCAUGGGAGACGGUCGUAUGAGCGUAAGCAAUUGUUAUAAUGGACCAUUUGCAUUAUAGACUAAAUUUUGGUCUAGACGAAAAUUUCAUCACAGCUUGAAAGAGCAUCACAAAAUUAGUAGUAUUCCAAAGUCUCGUUGCGAAAUGUUGUAAAAUGCGGAUAAUAUAGCCUUGCGAAGUUUGCAAUUUUCAGUCAUUUUGUAUUACAAACGGGAAAUUGAUGCCCCAGCACCCGAUUGAGCUGUCAAUUUUCCGUGCGUAAUACAAGAUGACUGAAAAACGGCAAACUUCGCAGGGCUAUAUUAUCCGCAUUUUACAACAUUUCGCAACGAAACUUUGGAAUAUUACUAAUUGUGUGAUGCUGUGAUGAAAUUUUUGUCUACACUUGUCUAGAUCAAAAUUUAGUCCAUAAUGCAAAUGGUCCAUUGUAACAAUGUUUGUACUUUUGCACAUGUUGCUAAGAAUGUUCAAGUGGUUAAUUUUACUCUUCUAGCCGCCCAGCGAGUCGUCAAGUACCAAGGAAAUGACAUCAGGUCCGUAAAGAAUACAAUGGAAUGGUUUAGCAAAUAUUUAGCCGUUCUAAUCAAAGUUUUGUUAGUUGUUACAAUGUAAAGUCAGUGAAAUGUAUAGUUUCAUAAUUUCAUUACUCUUGGAAAGAGGGAGGGGAAAAAUAAAGGAAAGAAAGAAAGAAUGGGAAAAUGAAUCUUUGAGAGGAAGAAUGAAGAGCAAAAGCUCGUAAAUAAACCGUUUAUGUAUCUUAAGUAGACGUUGAACAAUUGCACCAUUUCUCAUUUAGGUGAACUAAAACAAGCGAUUGUUUCCAUGAUGCUAAGAAAAGAUGAAGUUGAAGAAUGUAACAGGUAGCUGUGCAUGUGGAUGCUUUUUAAUCGUAUGCAUAAUCAUUACAUAUUACAUAUUCUGCUGGUAGCUUGUGAUAAUUUGACUAGUAGGUGCAUAUCAAGCAUAUAUCGUUUCUGAGACAUAAAGGAAAAAGGAUAUAAAGAGAUGCAGUUUUUCACUGAGGCCAGAGCAGUGAGGCAAAAUUAUUAUCAGGCAAGGUUCAUGCAUUAAUUACUGCGCUAAAAACUCCCCUUCAAUGAGAAUCUUUUGUUAUUUUAGAUCUUUAAGACAACUGCUGGAUAAAGAAAUGAUGGAAUCAGCCUCGCUUCGCUUACAAGUGGACGAUUUAAAACGAGAUCUUUCAUCUUCGACUGAAACUCAUCAUGCAACUGUUCACGCUCUCACAAGGUUUGAACAGUUUAUCAAAUGAACAGAACAGUUUAUAAAUGAUCUUAAUAGAUCUUAUAAAUUAGUAAAUUUAAUUAGUCGCAUACUACAGUAAUUGGAUAGUUUUAAUGCACAGCGGGUCCAUGAAUUGACUGCUCUUUGUGUUACUAUAGUGAAAAUGAUCUUUUAAAACAUCAACUUAAGAAAUACGUUGCUGCAGUUCAAUCUUUACGAAGAAACGAGCCUUCAGACAUCGGUAGGUUUGUGUUUAAGUUUGAACUGUCUGUGUCAGUGUAGGUAGUGCCAAUAAUAUGAACAAGCUUCCGUUGCUAGGAAUGCAACUACCUGAAAAAUAUAAUUUCGACGUUUCGAGCGAAGGCCCUUCAUAAUAACACCCUCCUUCGUGGACUCGAUUCGUGCUGCGGAAUCGCUCAUGACACUUAUGUGAAGAGAGUCAGUCAACGCUCUACCGAACGUCGUGGGUUUUCUUCGGGUACCCCGGUUUCCUCCCACAGGGAAUGUUUUGACAGGGUGGGUUGAGAUUAUUCCCCCUAACUAACUGACCCUUCCACUGUAGCUGUGCUCCGUGGUCAGACAUGAGUCAUAAGGUGGCUACCAGAGGCUCCCUUAGAAAGCCUUCGACUCGAUCAGGUUGAGCUGCGUCCUUCGCAAUUCAGCUUAGCUCUCAGCUCCAAGUAAGGAUGAUUAGUACACCUCACUUACGCAGUUACUAGCCGAAGUGCUUUCUUUUUUUAUCUAGCUGUUCCUGGAGCACGUCAGUUGGAUGAUCUUCCUGUAUUGGCUGACGAACCGCACGACCAGGCCAGGUACUUCAUCAAACGAAGUUUCUAAUGAGAUCUGGAACUUUAUUUAUACUGGAUACCUCUAUCAGUUCUUCCUAGAGCUCCAGUAAGGAUCAUCUCUUAUUGAUCCAGUGUUAAUACAGGAGGAAACCUAAACUAAACUACUUUAUUUAUACUGGAUAGCUCUAUCAAUUCUAAACUAUUCUCCCUAGAGGUCCGGUAAGAACCGUCUCUUGUUGAUCCAGUGUUACUACAAGAGGAAACCUAAACUAAACUAAACUAAAUGAAUUUGUACUAGAUAGCUGUAUCAGUUCUAAACUGUUCCUAGGGAUCUAGUAACGGCCUUUUUUCUUUUUUAAGCGAUGAAGAAAAAAGGGAUUUCGAAAGAAAGCUUAUUCAAGUAACGCCAGAAAUGCUUUUCUCUUUUCAUUUACUGCAGUAUCAUUUUCAUUAAUUUCAUCAUUUUCAUUUAUUACUGUUUUCCACAGGUCGCGGACAUGCAUGGUGAAUUGAUUGAGUUGAACGAGAGAUUACAAAAAAUGUUAAAUAUCCGUGAACAUCAGUUGAGACGAUUGAGAGAGGAGUUGAUCGAUCUCAGAGGACCGGUAAUGUUUUUGUUGUUCACUGCACACGUAAAAGUCUCACAACAGGCUUGCAGCAAGCUUGUCAACAAGUUGUAACAAUGCUCAUGUUAUUUUAUCAAGUUGCUACAAGGUUGUCACUCUCAACUUGUUAACAAGAUGUGUUCGCAACAGGCUUGUAGCAAGCUUGUCAACAAGUUGUAACAACGCUGCUAUUUUAUCAAGUUGCUACAAGGUUGUCACUCACAAAUUGUUGACAAAUUGUUGAAUUGCAGAACGAUAACAAGUUGUUGGAACAGCAUUGCUACAAGUCUGUUGCAGGUUUGUUACAACUUGUGCGUUUUUACGUGUGUAGAUAAUGCUUGGCUGAAUCACAGUCUGGGGUAAAUCGCCAGGCCACGUUUUGUUCAUUAAUUUAAAAAGUUGAGAAAAUAUUUAGUAAUUUAAUAUUUCAGCUUCCCGAUGAUGGCAGCCAUGAUGAUUCAGCAAGUUUAGAUGACUUUGGUCCUCGCUUGAUUUCAGUCAACACGCGACCUUUGAUUAAUAUUUGGAUUCCUUCUGCCUUUGCCCAGGGAAAAUCCAAUGUUCAUCACACGUAUCAAGUAAGAUUUAUUCUUUGUCAUUUCCUUGUAUAUGCAUUAUUAUAUGAUGCUGGUAGCACUGUGGUUACACGUGCAAAAAUCUAACAUCUUGUAGCAAGUCUGCCAACAAGCCGUCAACAAGUUGUGUUCGCACUGCUUGUCCCAAGUUGUCAACAAAUAUGGAACAACUUGUUAACAACUUGUAACAAGUUAUUAUUAGCACUGAUGAAGAUCUGGGCUUACGGAUCGAAAGCUUUGCAGUAAUAAAUUUACGUGGUGUUUCCACAAACAAAACUAUUAUAUAUUGUAACAAGCUAUCAGACUUGUUGCAAGGUUGUUUCAACAAGUCCGAUACAGUCAUGAUAUAACAAUAUUGUUACAACCUUGUGUCGUCAACCUUGCAACGUUCUUGUUAUAUCAUGUCUGUAUCAGACUUGUUAGAACAACCUUGUAAUAAGUCUGAUAAUGCCAUCAAGCUUGUUACAAGUUGUUAACAGCUUGUUCCAAACUUGUUACAACAAUAGACCUUUCCCCUUAUGAGUGAAAUUUUGAUCUAGACAAGCCUGGACAAAUAUUUCAUUAAAUUUCAUUCUAUUCCAAAUACAUUUUUAAACUAUUCAAAUAAUGAAAGUUAUUGUUGUUUUUAAGCGUUUAUUAGCGAGUGGGAAACUCCCAUAUGGCCGCCAUCUAUUCAAAUGGGGGUAACCGCUGGAAUAUUCUUGGCUUCAAUUUUACUAAAAGAGAUGCGCUAUCUAGUGUAUAUAAGAUAUCUAGACUACAUUGGCGAAGUAAUUUUAAAUAUAAAUGUUGUCUAUAAGCCGAGAAAAUCAAAGCUAAAAAGUUUAUGUAAAUAAACAUGAUUUUUUCAUUAACUGUUAAUAAGAUUUUUAAAAUUUAUUAUCUAUUUGUUUUAGGUUUAUGUUAGAAUUAAAGACGAUGAAUGGAAUGUUUAUAGAAGAUAUUCAGAUUUUUAUGGUCUUCAUAAAAAGGUUGGCCUUGGUUAGAAAUCAUGACCGUUGAGGAGUUUGUAUAUCUAAUACAAAAUCCCAUUGAUUUUGGGCAGGGAAAAAUUAGUGAGGGCGCUUGGACAAUGGUAUAUUUUGCUCCUUUCUAUAUUAUCUAGAUCAGCAAACAAUAUCCAACCGUUAGUCAGUUUAAAUUUCCUCAGAAGAAAGUUCUUGGAAAUCGAGAUGCAAAAUUUGUAGAAAUAAGACGGAGACAUCUACAGAGUUAUUUAAGAAAAUUAAUAAAUUACAGUCUUCGUGUUAUCCCGGAAUUGUCGGAAAAUCCUUGUAAAACUACGUUAUUGAAAUGCUUUUCCUUCUUUGGGUGAGUGUGUGUAAUUGGGCACAUAGUCAGAUAGCUGUGCACAUGCAUUUAAAAUAGCAUUUUGGGGCAAUUUUCGGCUAAAUAAUUUGGUUUAAAUUAAAUUAAAUUAAAUUAAAAGAAAAGUAUCGCACAUAGACAUUGCAGGAACACGAUGAGUACACGAAACUCUAGUAUAAAACACGAGGCGGUAGUGAUUUCGUUCGCCUUUUCCUCAUGAAUUAUUAAUGAUUUUUAAAAGGAUUUUAUGUCAUUUCAAACAAGUUUGUUCAUUCCCGACGCAAAAAAACACCAAAAUGUCAGAUACGUCACCUUUUUUCCCGCGUUCUCGUGAAGUACAAUUACAACCUCUCAUUAUUGAUCAGUUCUUUUUCAAAUUUUCUUUACAUCUAUAGUCAAACAUCAAAGGAAGCAGCCGUGCCCACUUCAUCACCUAACACUCCAGCUCACUAUACAGGCCUAUGAAGAUCAACGGUUAUCCCCAAAAUACCCUGCUGAUCAUACAAGCUCUCACAUCCAACAACACAAUAUUUAUACCAUCUAAUGGUUGCCAUUAUUCAAUGUUGGUUUACGCUGUCGAAGCUAGUUUCUAUGUGACAGUUUUAACCUUUUUCAAUGCUCAAAGACGUUUAUUCCAGGGGUGGAUCCAGCAAGGUUUUUCUAGGGGGGGGGGGUGCUGGGUGAGCAGCCGAGUGUUUCUUUAUAAUUCUUUAGGGGGUGGUGGGAGAGCAUUCAAAUGAAUUGGCUUCCUGACGACUUGAGCGCCGAAGGCUCAAGCUCCCUAGGGGGUCCAGGGGUAUGCCCCCCAGAAAUGCCAUUUCCUGCGAUAUGGGCAUUGAAUUAUGAGCUUCAGUUUGACGUCAAAAAAGGAAAAACCAUGGCAAUUUUGUGCCAUAUUUCUGAAUUUGAUUUUUUUGCACUCCCCUUGCACCCCUGUUGACCAAGGCCAACAGGGGUGCGCACCCCUGUGUACCCCUCCCCUAUAAAUCCACCCCUGGUUUAUUCAAAACGCUAUAAGUGCCAAUAACCUCGGGUAUUAUUUUUGAUACGUAUUUGGGUCAUUCUGAGAAGAAAUGUAAUAUAUGAUGUUUGUGAUGUUACUCUGAGUAUAUAUACACACCGGGCAGGCUUGAAAAAUAUGCCUGGCCAUGGUGGGAAUCUAACCUACGACCUUUGGAAUACUAGCCCAAUGCUCUGCCAACUGAGCUACGCGGUCAGGUCGGUUCGAGUAUGUGAUAUUUCGGAACUGAGUCUAGUUCCUUCGAUAUCAGUGUAAUCUAAUAAUCAUGAUAUUUGCUGUCUUGGUGUAAUAUCAUACUUAUGAUUAUUAGAUUACACUGAUAUCGAAGGAACUAGACUCAGUUCCGAAAUAUCACAUACUCGAACCGACCUGACCGCGUAGCUCAGUUGGCAGAGCAUUGGGCUAGUAUACCAAAGGUCGUAGGUUCUAUUCCCACCGUGGCCAGGCAUAUUUUUCAAGCCUGCCCGGUGUGAAUAUACACUCAGCAUCUUAUUCACCUGUAACAUCACAAGCAUCUUAUUCACCUGAGUACAUUACAUCAAGACAGCAAAUAUAAUGUGAUAUAUAUUUAUGGUGAAAAACCUAAUCUUGAUCAACUUUUUCACUGUCAAAGGUAUCGGAUAUAAUGUAGGCUAGAUAUAAUGUCAUUAGAUGAAUUUUAGCAACAAAAAAGAAAGGCAAAGCUUUGACGGUGAAAAAGUUGAGCAAGAUGAGGUUUUUUACGUACUAUAAAGGCUAGUUUACAGUGUAUCAAAGUUUCUAAGUUUUGAAGGAUUUGUAAGAAAUGUUUGAGGGAAGUGAUUCAGUAUUAAACACACAGUCAGUUUCCUCAAACAUUUCUUACAAAUCCUUCAAAACGUAGAAUUUACCCAUACAAAAUUCCUACUGUGAUGAUGUCAUCCCUUGGGUAUUUAAGAAGCCACGAUUGCAAUUUUAGAUCACCCCUGAUGAAGACACUAGACUGGAGUGUCGAAACGUUGGGUCUCGAUUACAAUUCGACUGGGCUUUGUAAUCAUUUAUUUAAACCAGAGUAGCGAGCGAAACAUGAUUGAUAUACCUGGUUGCAAGAUGACCCAAAUAUAUAUUAUACAUAUUACUAUUGUCACAGAACCUUUACCGAUGUAAUCUAGCCUUUUAAAUGCAGAUUUUAUUUGAUUUAAUAAUAAUUUAAUAAUUGGACUAAUAUUAUUGUGCAAAUCCCAAUACAAAAACAUUUAAUGCGAUCAAUAUAGAAUUAAAUAUACAAUAAUAUAUCAAAUACUGAUUCGUUCAUGAUUCUACAAAAACUAUCAAAAAUUCAUAUUAACAUUAUGUAUCUAAGUUAUGUAAUAAUUUAAUUUGUAUAGCAAUAUGACAAACCUAUAUUAUAUAUUUUAUCUAUUUUAUAUUAUAUAAAAUUUUCCGCCAUUUUGGGGGGUAUACUGCCUCUCUCACGUUUGAGAGUCUCCGCACCACGAAAUACAACUUUUUAGUAUUAUAGUUGUUUGUAUAAUGCUAAAUUUACAGUUACAAUUUUUAAAAGUCGCUUUUCACGUUGUUUGAAUUGUCUAGAAUCUUUCACGAGGGCAGACAGUACCCCCGAAAUGGCGGAUUUUGGCCUUCGUGCGGAAGGCUAAUUGAAUAAAAGGACAGAAUUUAGUUUUCUGUAUAAAUUUAAUGUGCAUUUGUUUGAGGGAAUUAGUAGUAAUAUAAAAUUCACAAAGAUUUAAACCUUUCCGUGCAUUUAGGACGGGGAUUUAGGACAGCCUAUCCUUGACAUAUUUUCUACUUUGAAUGGCUAUAAUUGCACCAUAGUUAAUAGAAUAGAUGGUUUGGAAACUCAUUAGAAUAACAACAACUCAUCUAUGUUAGUCAACGUUUAUUUAUAAACAU